AUGUCUCAAAUCGCGUCGUUUCCUUUCGCUCUGCCGCACAUUGAGCCUUCGCCCAGGAGGGUCCGUGUCCUCUUCGGCGGCGAGUACAUUGUGGACACACAGGAAGCCCUUCUUGUCUGGCUGAAGCCUUAUUACCCGUACUACUUCUUCAAGGUCAAGGACGUUCAGGAGAAGUACCUCGUCGACGCCUUCCAGUCUCAGAAGCACCACCUCUACGACAUCGUGGUGGGCAACCGCCGGGCAGAAGCAGCGGCGACGAUUUACCACGACGACGAGCUCGAUGGCUUGAUCCAGCUGGAGUUCAGCGAGAUGGACGCCUGGUUCGAGGAGGACGAGCAGAUAUACGUCCACCCCAAGGACCCGUACAAGCGCGUAGACGUCCUUCACUCCUCACGGCGCGUCCGGGUCGAGGUAAACGGCGUCGAGGUCGCGAGCACCACGCGCCCGCGCAUCCUGUACGAGACGAGCCUCCCGAUCCGUUACUACAUCCCGAAGACGGACUGCAAGCUGGAGCUGCUCAUCCCCUCGUCGUCCAGCACGGAGUGCCCGUAUAAGGGUGUCGCGAGCUAUUACAACAUCCACCUUCCUUCCGGGGAAAGCUUCGAAGAUCUGGUGUGGUACUACCGCACCCCGCAACUCGAGUGCGCGGAGAUAAAGGGCUGCCUCGCCUUCUACAACGAGAAGGUCGACAUCUACGUCGACGACGUUCUUCAGCCUAGACCACAGCGUCCGGGCAGCAAACGUGCCAGUGCGGCCGCUGUCGCCCUCUGA